AUGACUCGCGAAGCCGUCCCAGCAGUCGUCGAACUCGAGAAUUACGGCAUGCCGUUUAGUCGGACCAACGAAGGGACGAUAUAUCAGCGAGCCUUAGGCGGCCAAUCAUUGAAGUAUGGCAAAGGCGGGCAGGCCUAUAGAACAGCAUGUGCAGCAGAUCGUACUGGACAUGCCAUGCUUCAUACGUUAUAUGGACAAAGUCUGAAGGAAGGUGUGCAGUUCUUCAUUGAAUGGUUUGCGCUCGACUUGAUGAUGAGUGAAGGGAAGUGCGUGGGUAUUACAGCCUUGAACAUGGAGGAUGGUACAACGCAUAGGAUUUUCGCACGAAAUACGGUGCUGGCAACUGGUGGCUAUGGAAGGGCAUACUUUAGUGCAACAAGCGCACAUACGAGUACAGGCGACGGUAGCGCCAUGGUUUCAAGGGCUGGAUUGCCACUCCAAGAUAUGGAAUUCGUGCAGUUUCAUCCUUCUGGCAUCUAUGGCGCCGGCGUCUUGAUCACGGAAGGCGCUCGCGGUGAAGGCGGCUAUCUCCUCAAUAGCGAAGGCGAACGCUUCAUGGAACGAUAUGCUCCCACUGCAAAAGAUCUCGCGUCACGCGACGUCGUUUCCCGGUCUAUGAACCUUGAGAUUCUCGAAGGCCGCGGUUGUGGACCAAACAAGGAUCACAUUCAUCUCCAACUCUCACAUCUGCCUAAAGACGUUGUCAUGGAACGAUUACCCGGAAUUGCGGAAACAGCAGGUAUCUUUGCUGGCAUCGAUAUAACGAGGGAACCGAUACCGGUGUUACCAACAGUACACUAUUGUAUGGGUGGCAUACCAACAAAUUAUCAUGGACAGGUCCUGGACGUGGAUGCAAAGAGCGGAAAAGAAGGUGUUGUAGAGGGGCUGUACGCGGCCGGCGAGGCUGCUUGUGUGAGUGUACAUGGCGCGAAUCGAUUGGGUGCCAACUCCUUGCUUGAUAUCGUAGUCUUUGGUCGAGCGACAGCCCUACAUAUAUCCUCAAAGCAUGCGCCGUCAGAAUCCCAUAAUCCGGCUCCCGAAAACGUUGGCCUCGAUUCCAUCAGCGAGAUCAACACAUUCCUGGAAUCCAACGGCAACACGCCAACAGCCGCUCUACGAAACGACAUGCAAAGUACCAUGCAAUCGACAACCGCCGUAUUCCGCACCCAUGACUCCCUAUCCAAAGGCAACACCCAACUCAGCGACAUCGAGCACAAAUACACCACAGAUCUGCGCGUCACAGACCGGUCCUUGAUAUGGAACUCCGACCUUAUUGAGACGCUGGAACUGCGCAAUCUUCUUACAAAUGCUUCGCAGACGAGCAAGGCAGCGUUGACGCGGACGGAGAGUAGAGGUGCACAUGCGAGGGAUGACUUCAAAGAACGAGAUGAUGAGGAGUGGAUGAAGCAUAGUCUUACAUGGCAGAGUAAUGUUGGAGAGGAAGUAAGAUUUGGUACAAGAGCGGUGCAGAUGGCGACGCUGGAUGAGAAUGAGGCGGCCAGUGUGCCACCUAUGAAGCGUUCUUACUAG